AUGGCUGCCGGAAUGCUGCAAGAUCAAUCAGGCCACUCGUCCCCGUCCAGCUCUGACGCUGAUUUGUCUGACAAUGACAAAAAUGGGGCCGUACUUUUCAACGAGCAGACUAACUACGUGCCCAAACGAACCAUCAUCACCAUAUUCCUGGCCUGUUCCACCGUGGACCUGCUGGCCUUGAUGGACCAGACGACCCUCGCUGCAAGUCUGGCUAUUAUCGGCAAUGCGCUGGGUGCGAGUGACCAGACGUCCUGGAUUUCUGGCGGCUACUUCGUCACCUCAACCUGCUUCCAACUCCUCUACGGCAAACUCUCCGACAUCUGGUCACGCAAAUACAUCCUCUUCAUCGGGCUAGCAAUCUUCUUCAUCGGCUCGCUAGCAUCCUCCCUCGCGCAAACCGUCACGCAACUAAUCAUCUUCCGCGCGCUGACUGGCGUCGGCGGCGGCGGCCUAAUGACAGUCGCCCAAAUGAUCGUCAGCGACGUCGUGCCACUCCGCGAACGAGGAAAGUACCAAGGUAUACUCGGCGCCGUCGUCGCCAUCGCAAACGGAAUCGGCCCCGUCAUCGGCGGCGCCCUCGCCUCCAUCUCGCACGAUUCCUGGCGCUGGAUUUUCAGACUCAACCUCCCGCUAACGGCGGUAACGACCCUCUUCGUGCUCUUCUUUAUGCCCCUGCGUAAAGUUGAGGGGGACUGGAAGCUUAAGCUGAAGGCCAUUGAUUUCUUCGGGGCGUUUCUUGCGCUGGGGGGCACGGCAGUGUUGCUGUUGGGCUUGAAUUGGGGUGGUGGGGAGUACGCCUGGGACUCGGCGCAUGUUGUUGCGACGCUUGUUGUGGGCGUUGUGAUUUCUGGCGUUUUUGUGGGAUGGCAGUGGAAGGGCGCGAAGGUGCCACUUGUGCCGAUGCAUAUCUUUCGUGGCAGAAUUGUUAAUGGGGCUUGUUUGACCAUGUUUGUUAAUGGGUGGAACUUUUUGGUGCAGGUAUAUUAUAUUCCGACGUUUUAUCAGUUGGUUUUUGGGUACUCGACUGUUAAGGCGGGUGCGAUGUUGUUGCCCAUUACUUUGAUGCAGACCGUCAGCAGCACGCUCUCUGGUCUGGUCGUGCACUGGGUCGGCCGUUAUAGAGAGUGUAUCCUCUUUGGCUGGGUGAUUUGGGCCGUUGGUCUCGGUCUAUUCUCGACGCUUGAUCAGUCGUCUGGGAUCGGGAAGCAAAUUGGAUACGGAAUUUUGACGGGUGUGGGUGUCGGGAAUACCUUGCAGCCAUCCCUCAUCGCAGUCCAAGCCGGCGUCGAGCGCCGAGACAUGGCAGUCGUCACCUCCUUCCGCAACUUCGUCCGCAAUCUUGGCGGCACCCUCGGCCUCGCAAUCGCCGGUACAAUUAUCAACAACAUUGUCAGCUCAUCAAUCUCAUCCCUGGGCCUAGACGACUCCGAAUCCCGCUCCCUCCUCUCAAGCCCACAGACCUAUCUAUCGAAACAAUCAGCAGAGUCUGCGCAGCAUAUCCGCAGCGUGCUGAUCCCGGCCUACCAGAAGGGGUUUAGGGUUAUUUUCAUUAUUGGAGCUGCGCUGUCGGCUUUGGCCUUUUUCUUGGCUUGCUGGUUGAUGCCGCAGGUUGGGUUGAAGAGGGCAGAUGAUGAGAAGUUGAAGGAGGAGGCGAAGAAGAGGAUUGAGAAGGGGACUCAAAUGGGAGAUGAGGAGAAGAAGGGUUGA